AUGAACCCUAUAUUUGUCAGAAAUUUACAUAAGGCUGCAACAAGACUGGCAGCGUAUUCAGAGCCAGCUCAUCAAGGAAUCACACCAGCCAGGUGGUUUUCCACGCUGGGCGGAGUUGGUUGUCUUUUGGCGGGCGGGGCUUUGGUUGUCGCAUACAGAAACAAUGACCAACACAGCAGUAUUCGCCAAAUUUUCAGGAACGAGAGAGGCCAUUCUGGUGUUACUCGCCACGACUGA